GGGCGGGCGGGGCGGGGCGCUGCCCACUCCCAACACGCUGCUGCAGGCCGCCACCGCCAAGCCCGACCCGGGCAGUGAGUCUCACAAGCGCAAGCCCGCUCCCACCUACAACAACCCCUUUGCACGCAAGGCGCCCAAGCUGGGCAAGUGAGCACACACCCUGGCGCACAACUGCAAAGCAGCUUGAAGGCACAGGGAUAUGUAGAUGCAUGGAGAGGAGGAGGCCUGUGCGGCUGAGGUUGGAUUGUUAAGUGCAGUUGGUUAUGAAUGAGCGGGUCGCGGGUUUAGGCCAGAUGGCGUGAUGCGCUGUGCGUGGCGCUCCUCGCUAUGGGGGCAAUGAUGCUAGCAGAUGGUGCAACUUGGGGAGGUGCGACUGACCCCUCCUCCUUUGCGGUAAAAACAACGUCAUGUUUGCUUUUUGCAAAUUGCUCCCAGGUGAAGUGGUUGGGGGCUUGGUGCUACCGGUGACCCGGCCAGGCUGCUGUAAGGUUGUACGCAAGGUUGCAGCGAGGGGUUAAUGAGAACUACACAUGUACACGUACAGGGACAGGGCUCAGGAAAGCUGCUUGCAGUACUGCAGAGUCGCAUUCUGGUCACUAAAGAUAAAAUGCAUGGCUACGAGCAAACCGUUUGUGCAUAUUGCUUGUUUCGCUGAUUAUGGCGUCAGCAGUAUGAAACCAUGCUGUACUAACCGUCGUCCAGGACAGUGCUCAGCGCGACGAGGCACUAUUCCGCAACUGAAGUCAAGCAUCAUGAACAAAUAAGACCUAGCGGCUUGGCCGCAAUGUUACGCGUUAUGGAAGCAGCUUGACGAGUUUACCGGCUGCUUCUGCAUUGCAAUGGCAGCGUUAGACUCCAGCAGACCACAGCACCCAAUACUUAUCGUAGGGGCGGGCGUUGCUGGGCUGCAGACAGCCAGGGCACUCCUGAAGCGUGGUUUUCAGGUUGUCGUUAUAGAGCAAUCGGAGGAUGUCGGUGGCGUUUGGGUGCGGAACUAUCAAGGCUACGGCCUACAAGCCCCCUGGGAGCUGUACCAAUUUCCCGAGUUCCCCUUCCCUCGCAAAGCCCAGCUGCUCGAGUAUCCCAGCGGCGAGGCGGUGCGCGAGUACGUGCAGGCCUACGCGCGCCACUUCGGCCUCUACCGCCACAUCCUCUUCAGCUGCCGCCUUGUGAGGCUCAGCAAAAAGCAGCAGCAGCCGCAACCCCAGCAACAGCCUCAACAACAACCGCAGCAGGGGCUGGGCCCCAGCAGGGCAGCCGGCAGCGGCGGUGGCAGCUGCAGAGGCGGAGGAGGUGCAGCACCCGCACCAGCAGCAGCAACUAGCGGCGGCACCGGGGCUCCCCCGCACCCAAAGCCGGCCGCACCUCCUCCUCCCACAACCCUACCUGGCGGCGGCCCGGUCAGCCAAGGCAGCAGCAGCUGUGGUGGUGGUGGUGGUGGUGCUGCGGCGGCGGCGGCAGGCUAUGCGCAGCAGGGACCUGACAAGUUGCAGCAGCAGCAGCAGCGGCUGGAGGGGCGGCAGGGCGGCUGGGCGCGGAGGCUCCUGGGAGCGGCUGGCGCGGGGCUGUGCGGGGUGUUGCGCAGACGGAGAGGGGCGACAGCAGGGGAGGCGGGGGCAGGAGCUGCAGCAGCUGCUGCAGCAGCAGCAGCCACCCGCCCCGCUGGUGCGGCAGUCGCGGAGAGCGCCGUUGAGGGCGGUGCGAUGGACGCUGCGG